AUGACUAACCAAGCCCAAGAACAUAUUAGCCAACUUACCAAUCACAAAAGAAUAAAAUACCUCGAUAUCAGUAAUAGAGAUUUAACUGGUGAUGCUGAUUUAAAAGAAUUUACUGCUCUAACUAGUCUCAAUUCUUACAAUAAUAAAUUUGAAAACUUGGACUUCUUAAAUACUUUACCCAAUAAAGAACAGUUAAAGAAAAUAAACUUUUUUGGUAAUCAAAUAAAAGAAAUAGAUUUAAGUCAUUUAUUAAGCGCCUUUCCUAAUUUGGAGUAUCUGAAUUGCGAAAAUAAUCCAUUAAGAACUGUGCUGUUGGAUUUACUGGAAUACGCUCAAAAAUUAGUUAGUGGGGGUAAUAGUAGCCAACAGCAAAAUGCUCAAUAUUUACAGGCUCUUAUUCAGCAGGGAAGUUCGCCGAUUAAACCGGUUGAUAAUAAGGAAAAUGGUAAUAAUGCCCCUUUAUUAGUUGGUGGUGCCGUUGUCUUGGCCGUGGUCUCGGCUUUGGGAAUUGGUUAUCUAAUAGGCAAAAAGAGAAAGCAAAACUAG